AUGACGAAACAUGACCCGUGCUUUCGUGAAAGCUGGUCAGCUGGUUCAAAGCUCCCUUUGUGGUGCAGACGGUCUACUCUUGACUUUGCCAUGGCCCGAGCGCAACUUGCCUUCCGCUUUACCUUCCUGGACGUGAUGGAUGGCCAGAUGGAUGCAGAUCGUGCUCGCAGUCGGAGCCUCUCUCCGCGGUCGGCCACCCCAGAGGUUCUCGUGCAGGACGCGUGGGCAGAGCGUCAUCUUCGCACUCUUCGUCAGGGGCAACAUGCAACAGUUGUCGACGCAAUGGCCCCAAGCCGGGGCAGUGUGGGACACCCGACCUUGUGCAACAAACCAUGCAUUUUUAUUGCAAGGCAGCGGCACUGCCAGAAAGGUCUGGCGUGUAGCUCUUGCCACCAUCAGCACAACGACCCGAAGCUCGACAAAAAGCAGCGCCUUCUGAUGAACACGAUGCCAAGGGCAGAGCUACUCGGCCUUCUCGCAGAUCUACUUCAGCAGUGUGCCGAGCAACACGGGAUCCGUGAUGUGAGCUUCGCGGUGGCAGUGCUUUCCGUCCAAGCAGGACUUCCUCCACGUCGUUUGCAGACGAAGUCUCGCAAGCUUCACAACUUGCGUCAGGUACUUCAGCGCAUGAACUUCUCCAGCAUCCUAUCGAUGGCUGCGAACAAAUGCGAAGGCCGCAGCAAGGGCGUGAUGCUGCAGGAGUUGAGAGCUCUGCGACAGAGCUCCAAAUAG